AUGGCAAGCGAGGACGACACCAAACAUAUGAUUGACGAUGCCACGUUUGAGGGUGGUAACCCUGUAGAUGGAGCCGCUUGGAUUAAAUGGAAUGUGAAGCACGGCAAAGAUCGCACAGAGACGCGCGCUAUUGGAGUGGACCACUCGCUUUCUGGAUCCCCCUAUAUUCAGGGCGUUACAAUCAGGUCUGCUCCUGUCACGCUGGAGGUCUGGGUUUCCAGCUGGCCGGACGGCAAGCCAUACCGAUCAAUUCCAGGACCGACUAAUGGAGAGCACAAGAUUGAUCUUGGAAGAAUUGGGUCAUUUCGAUUUGUGCCUCGUUAA